AUGACGACUUUCCAAAUGACGGACGACCAGCUAAACCGCUUGCUGGCCACGCUGACAACUCGGCAAACAUCCCCACCAACCACGUCACAGGGAAGCUUUGCGCGCUGCACCACGCGUUUUGGAGGAUCAACGAACAGAACGAGGGUCGAAGAAUUCAUCUCGACGAUCUCGAUUUACAAAGAAAUCGAAAACAUUUUUAACGUAAACGGGAUCAAGGGGCUUCCACUACUACUGGAAGACGAAGCAGCGACAUGGUGGCACGGCGUCAAAGAAGAUGUGACGACAUGGGCUCAGGCCAUGGAUCUGCUGCGCGCCGCAUACGCACCAAAGAAGCCUGGAUACGCCGUGUACGCAGAAUUAUUCGCAACAAAGCAGACAAAGAACUGUGCGACUGACGUAUUCAUCGCACAAAAAAGAGCUUUGUUCGCUGAAUUAACGCACAAACACGCAGAAGAGAUUCAACUUGAUAUGAUAUACUCUCUCCUGAAGCUGCGCAUACGCGAGAAAAUCCCGCGGUGUUCAGUAAAGAAUUUUGAAGAGCUCAUAGGGAAAGCAAGAACGUUCGAAGCUCUUGAAGAGGAAGCAAGGGAACAGCAGGAACCAUUCGGCAAACCCUUACCGACCCAAGAAAAGAAACUUGUAAGAUGCUCGUUCUGCCGAAAAACUGGUCACUCGUUCGAAGAAUGUCGGCGAAGGAAAGCCAAGGAACCAACGAAACUGGAACCACCAACUCUCCACUGUUAUGGAUGCGGAAACCCCGGAGUUAUAAGAAGUCGGUGUCCGCAAUGUAGCCAAGCCACUGUAUCCAGCAUCCAGACGGCAGAUUUCUGUUCCGUGAGCCUAGCCCAGGCCCGAAAUCGUCCAACGGCCCGGAUCCAAAUCGAAGGAUUCAAAGGCCACGCCUUUUUUGACACAGGGGCAAAAGUGAGUAUCGCGAGUGAUAGCCUGUACAAUAAACUGGCAGCAAAUGGAACCAAAUUCCAGCAGCGAAAACUCCUGAUUGCUCUAGCGGAUGGACAUCCGCGAAUACGGUCAGUCCUAUGUGCAGAUUUGACGGUCCAGCUCAAGGAUCGAAACAUCAAAUCCCCGUUCAUCGUGCUACCCGGGGCAACCGAAAACCGGACUCUCCUAGGCAUCGAUUUCCUCGAAACAGCAGGAAUUAUAAUAAACGCAGCACAACGUUCAUGGAAUUACGUGGAUCAACCCAAAAAUCACCACUUUUUCGAAGAAGAGCCUCCAGUGAAAGUAUCGCAGCCAAAAUCCAGGAAAUUCCCCAAAAAGGAGUUGGCUCUGGUAGGGACGCAGGAGCCGCCUGCUCAAACACCCAAAAAACGGAUGCCUGACGAAGAGGAUUGGAGCGAGAUGUGUCACAUGCCGCCACUUCUGUCACCACUAUCACCCACUCCAAAGAAGACUCAACAAACGGAUAUCUUGGACGACCUGUUUGAUCGAUGCUUCCAGACCUACCGUCUGGAUUUGGCAUCGGUAGAUGUACUGCUACGACCAGAGGAAGCCGAAGGCCUGGAUCAAAACGAAAAGCGACAAUUGGAGCAGUUAUUGAUCCAGCACCUCGAUCUGUUCGAAACGAGUGAGGAAUCGACAACGUUCGCGGAGCAUCGUAUCGACACCGGAGACAACGCACCGAUCGCGGUUCCUCCAUACCGGCUAUCCCCUGCUAGAAAAGCAGUGCUACGGGAUGAAAUUGACGAGAUGUUGCAAAAAGACAUCAUCGAAGAAAGUGAAUCACCUUGGGCUGCUCCUGUCGUCAUGGUCGCUAAAAAGGACGGAGGCGUGCGAGUCUGCGUAGACUACCGACGACUCAAUGCGAUCACAGUCACGGAUACCUACCCCUUACCCAGGAUCGAUGACUUGAUACACGCCACCACUUCAACGAGGUUCAUGACGACGCUAGACCUCCGAUCCGGCUACUGGCAGAUCCCAGUACAUCAAAAGGAUCAAGAGAAGACAACAUUCGUUACACCUUUCGGGACAUACCGUUUCAAACGAAUGCCAUUCGGCCUAAAAAACGCACCGGCCACGUUCCAGCGUAUGAUGGACCGACUUCGCGCACCCCUCGGUGAGCGAAUGAUCAUCGCGUACUUGGACGAUCUAUUAAUUUUAUCGUCCUCCUUCAACAACCACUUGGCCGACCUCAAGGCCACCUUCAGCCGAAUAAGAUUCUUCGGGCUUCGAAUGAACAGGGAAAAGUGCUACAUGUGUUGUCCAGAAAUCAAAUAUUUGGGACACAUCAUUACACCCAGUGGCAUCGAGGCAGAUCCAGAGAAAAUUUCGGCAAUAUUGGAACGACAGGCGCCCACAAACGUAAAGGGGGUGCUCAGCUUCGUACAAACCUGUUCAUGGUACAGAAGAUUCAUCCCCGGAUUUGCUCAGACUGCGGAACCUCUCACCCGCCUCACCCGGAAGAAAACUUCGUGGCACUGGGGGGAGAAACAGAAGAAGUCUUUCCAAGACCUUAAGAGGAUGCUGACAGAAGCACCCGUUUUAAAACCAGCAAACCCGAAGAUGCCAUACACCAUUAGGACAGAUGCCAGUGGAUACGCUCUCGGCGCAGCUUUGGUGCAGGGGGAGAAAGAAGAAGAACACCCCGUGGAAUAUGCUAGCCGACUCCUCACGACCGCGGAACGCAACUACUCCACUACUGAGCGGGAGGCUCUCGCCGUCGUGUGGGCAAUUAAUAAAUUCCGUGGAUAUAUAGAGGGAUCGGAAGUACGCAUCAUGACAGAUCAUCAGCCUCUAAGAUGGCUGAUGACUCUGAAAACACCCAGUGGUCGCCUGGCUAGGUGGGCACUGCUACUGCAGGAAUUCAACAUUCAAAUUGACUACUGCCCAGGAAAGUCCAACUACGUCGCUGACUAUCUCUCCAGACCUCAAAGGGAGGAUACAGACAACGAAGACGAGUGCAAUAUCGGACUGAUUUCGGUAGAUAUGCCAGCUAGAAAAAGUAACGAAAUCCGAGAAGAGCAGCUGAAAGACGAAGAAACCCGAAAAAUCAUAGAAUGUUUCGAGGAAACCAGACAGUCAGAAAAUUUUCUGCAUUGGACCCAGAAAGGAUACUUACUGUCCAACGGAGUACUCUAUCGACAUGCACCAGAUACGGACAACGCAGCUGACGCCCUGGGAACAUACCACACCUCUGCACUCACCCCAUGCAGGUUGGAGGAAGCCAGCCUACCGAGUGCACCAAUAGCGCCCAUACGUCGGCGAGGACGACCCCGGAAAACCAACCAAAAGAAGAAGUAG